AUGGCAACAGGCAGAAUAAACAAAAUGAGCCAGCAUUUGGGCUAUCGCAUCCGGGUAAUCACCGGUGACAAGAAGAGCAUUGUGGGGACUUACCUGGCUUAUGACAAGCACAUGAACUUAGUCCUUUCUGAUGCUGAUGAGUUUCGUGUGGUGAAACCGAAGACAAGCAAAACAGCUGCUCAGGAACAGAGGAGGCCACUUGGACUUGUUUUGCUUCGAGGGAACAACAUCGUAUCAAUUGCAGUGGAGGGUCCCCCACCUUCAGACCAAACAACAGCACGUGUUCCUAUGUCAGGUAGGGCCACUGAGUUCCACUUUGGUAUGGGACCAGGUCCAGGUCAGGCAAGGGCAGCAGGUCGAGGUGUGGGGCCUCCUCCACCCCAGCAAGCCCCAGCAGGGCUGCAGGGACCAGUAAGGGGGGUUGGAGGCCCCUCUUCCUCCAUGAUGACCCCUCAGAUCUCAGGAACUCCUCAGGGGUACCCUGGGGGAUAUGGUCGACCUUACUGACCUACCUCAUGUGAUUCUCAUCUUGUUGAGUGAAGCACAGUGCUUCAGUGUCAAUUGUUCAUGAUGGCUUUGCCAAAAAUGAUUUUGAACUGCUCCAAAGCUUUUAGUCACUGAUUUCAUUCAGAGGAGCACCUGAAUGAUGUCAUUUUCUGAAAGGUAAUGGUUUGCAUAAAUAGGGAUUGUUUUCUGAACUUCCAUUUGAUGGUAAUGCCGGGAAUUGAAUGGAUCAGCAGUCAUUAGUUUAUAGUGACACUUGCCCAUCUAUUGGUUAUGACAUGCAAUUUUUUAUUACCAGUAAUGGAAUGCUAAAAUGAUUUGAUGAGGCUGAGGUGUAUGUGAACAAAUUAAUGUUGUUUGGAGACAACAUUCCAUUCCUGUGCACAUGUUUAUUCUGUCCUCAUUUUGCCUCUUCUGUCUCAUUUCUUCAUUCAUUUGCUUGUUUCCUUGAAUUUGAAAUGAAUGUUUUUAAUAUCUCUUUCUGGAAUGCUUUUUGAGGCAUUCCAAAAGGAAAAGCCCGUCUUUGAAGAAAGCAAUCAUUCAUUGCAGAUGCAUAUUUCUGGUAUGGUCCUUCCAGGGCUGAAACAAUGUUAUGGUAGACUGUACCUAUAUUGUCAUGCCUUUCCAAAAUUCUUUGCGAUUGAACUUAAGAAGGAAUCUCAUGAGUGGCCUGGCAAGCAUUAACAGAGAUAUCCUUUGAUUUGGUUAAAAAGUCAGUACCUAAUCAGCAGAGAAUAUUUCUUCCAUUCAUCUUUAUCUUCUGUUGCAUUCAAUUUCCAGUGAAUUUUUUUGUGCUCCCUGAAAGAAAUGACUGAGUUACUUUGCCUCUGUUGAAAGAAGGGCAGCUGAGGUCAUCACAAAGUAUGUUCACCCAUCUGUUGGUGAAUAAUGGUCAUAUGACAUGGACGAGUAAACAUUUUUUUGGGUUGUCUUUCUAAA